UUUGGCACGGCGGGGUAUAGGACUUUUGGCCGAGUAUUUUGUGAGUAUUUUCUGCUUCAGUGUAAGGUUAUUUCAAUUUCAACUUAAUCAAUCACCGGUAAAGGAUACUGACCUCGCUGACCUCUACCAUUUUCAAGGAAUCAAGGUUUGUCUGCCAGUGCCUCGUCAGCCGACCCGCAGUUCGUCCCCUGCUCCGCCGCUGUCCUCGCAGUGACCGGCGCCAUGAAGGUGUCAGUGUACGCGCCGCUGCUGUCGCGGCUGUUGGCCGGACCUCGGCCGUACGUCGGUACUCUGGUCGGCCUCGUGCACGACGACCGGGCUCACGUGCUCGGCUGCCUGCUCGACCACGUGGAGGGCGGCACGCCGGGCGUGGGCAGCGAGCUGCUGGACGCGCUGCCCGGCGGCCUGUCCCCACUCGGCGUGGCCGGAGACAGUGACGGCCGUCUGGAGGAGCUGGCGCUGCUGUCGACCGUCAUCAGCCUGCUGCCGGCCGGCGCGCAGCGCGCGGUCGUCCUCUCCGUCAGCGGCGGCGAGGGCGAGGGGGAGCCCGAGCCCACCGCCGCCGUCUUCCUGUACGGCGACGGCGAGCUGGAGCGCACCGAGUUCGAGACGUUCGGCGCCGAGCAGCUGCGCGCACAGACCGUGCUGCUGCGCCUGGAGGGAGCGCUGUCGCUGCGCUGCAAGCCCGGCUGCGAGCCGCUGGCAGAGGCCUUUGACCGGCUGAAACGUACGCUCGAUUCACCGGUGACCUGCUUCGUCCAGCCGGAGGCGAACCGACUGCUGCGCGCGCAGGACGACGAGUCUGCGCCCGAGGGCAGCUGCGCAGAGCUGGCGGGCCGGCGCUCUGCGGGGCGCGCCCAGGCGCUGUUCAAACUGAUGCUGCAGCGGACCGGUCUGGUGGAGAGCCGACCGGCCGGCGGUGCUCCAGUGAUCGAGUAUUGUCGCGGCCGACAGCAGCUGGUGGACCUCACGCUGCCCAUCAGCUGCGUGGCGCUGGUGGCGGCAGCCGCGCCGCUCGCGCAGGCGGCCGCUGCCCUCUCUGAGGCGGCGCUGCGGCAGCUGGCGCAGCUGCGCACGGUCAUCACAGACGUAUACCGGGAAAAGGAGCGGGUAGUGCCGGCUGAGCCGCUGCACUUCAACCCCGAGGAGUGCGGACACUACGUGACACUCGUCUAUAGCGCCGCCUCCGACGACGAGAAGCUCGAGUCCUACCGGCGGAACGUGCACGCGGCUCUGCUCCUGGCCGCCGACCGGCCGCUGUUCCGACGCGCAAACCGGCACCGGUUCGACGACCAGUCGCCGUUCCUGACCAACGUGCACGUCGGUCUGUCGGCGCCGCGUCAGACGGCCGGACAGACGGCGCUGGUGCGCGGCACGUACGUCUACCACCACUACAUGCAGGACCGGAUGGACGACAGCGGCUGGGGCUGCGCCUACCGCUCGCUGCAGACCCUGGCCUCGUGGUUCCAGCGGCAGGGCUACACCGGCCGCGCGCCGCCGACGCACAGAGAGAUCCAGCAGUGCCUGGUCGACAUCGGCGACAAGCCGGCGUCGUUUGUCGGCUCUCGCCAGUGGAUCGGCUCCACGGAGGUCAGCUACUGCCUGCAGCACCUUUACGGCGUGGAGUCGCGCAUCCUACACGUGAGCAGCGGCGCCGACCUGGGCUCCAAGGCGCGGGCGCUGCUGCGGCACUUCAACGACGAGGGCACGCCGGUGAUGAUCGGCGGCGGCGUGCUGGCGCACACGCUGCUCGGCGUCGCCUUCGACGAGGCCAGCGGCGAGGCGUCGUUCCUGGUGCUGGACCCGCACUACACGGGCGCGGAGAACCUCACCACCAUCCAGAACAAGGGCUGGUGCGGCUGGAAGGACGGCCAGUUCUGGGACCAGACCGCCUACUAUAACCUCUGCAUGCCGGUCCGGCCGCGCUGUGUGUAGCCGGUAUGAGAGAUACCCGUCUCCUGAGUACCGACAGCGGGAGUGCCGGGAUGGACAGGCAGGCUAUGAAAAACGCGAUACGGUACGGACCACAUUCCACAGAGGUUAGACCUCCCCAGAUAUUGGCUAUACGCCAGUCGUCAAUAUGGCGUCCGACUGGAAUGUGCAGAGCGAAUCACAAUAAAUGCGCCCGGCGUGGGACAAUUACCACGCUAUCACGUUGGCCGUUGGAUAACC